AUGGCCUCUACUGGGGAAGACCUUUCCAUCCGCCCCGCGGUCCCUGAAGAUAAGCUGGUCCUUUAUGUCAAGAAGGCCAGCCCAACCUCAACCGCCAACUCAGUCAAGCCACUGAUGCUCAUCGAGGCCUUGGAGAUCCCCCACGCCAUCCACAUCAUCAACUCAACUAGCAAGGAGACAUGGUUCCACGCUGUGAAUCCGUACAAAAUGGUUCCUGCCAUGGAGGACUUUGAAAUCUACGAACGCAACGGCAAGCCUCGGCGGCUGAAUGUAUUCGACAGCUCUGCAUGCUUGACCUACCUCGCAGAGAGAUAUGACAAAGAUGGCCUCUAUGGGGGCAAGGAUCUUUGUGAGCGAACCAUCAUCAUGAACUGGUUGAUGUCUUAUACCGCUGGAUUGGGAGCAACAGGAAAGAUCUGGCUCCUUAUGAAGAUGCCAAAGCCCGUGGAUAUUGGUGAAUCACUGUCGGUACUCGUUCGGUAUAUUCGGACGGAAUAUUCCUUUCUGGAAGCUCGACUGAACGAACCCGACCAGCAAUAUAUAGCCUUGCCUGACCGACCAACAAUUGCAGAUUUUGCAAUAUUACCCCUGGCAAAUGAAACGGUUGCUGCAUCGGCUGAUAUUGACUUUAAUGAGUGGCCGAAACUGAAGGAAUGGAGUGAGAGGGUUAGUGUGUUUCCUCCGGUUGCAAGGGCGCUGCAUAGAAUUGCUCGAUUUGGAUUAUCAGAAGACGAGAUUGCCGGACUAGAUUCGAGUAAUUAA